AUGAGAGCUACCGCCGUGUUAGCCACUUUUUCAGUGGCGAUUGCGGCCAUUGCCAACGACCCAGAGCGGUCCUUCCCCACACUAGCGCCGUCGCUGUGGUGGGAGUCCUUCAACUACUCGUCGCUUGCCAGCCUGCCAUGGAAACCCCUGAAGAUCAAAAAGGCCCACGAUAAGCGCAAAAAGGUAUACGAUGGCGAGUGGAAGCUUGAAGAACCUUAUAAGUAUCCCAGUGAGAACGCCACCAAGGGUUUAGUGUUGAAAACCAAGGCGGCCCACCACGGUAUCAGCCGCUGGUUCGACGAGCCGUUCACUGUGGAUGACGACCACCCUUUAGUGGUACAAUACGAAGUUAAGCUUCAAACCGGGCUUGAUUGUGGCGGGGCUUACCUCAAGUUGCUUGACUAUAACGCUACCGACGCUCAGCCUCAGUUUAGUUCCGCCACCAAGUAUCAGGUGAUGUUUGGUCCUGAUCGGUGUGGUUCCAAUAACAAGGUCCACUUUAUUCUCAAUCGCAAAUCACCCGUUACUGGGGUGAGCAGUGAAAAGCACCUUGUGGAGCCGCCAAUGGCCCGCUAUAACUUGCUUACCAACUUGUACACCCUCAUCGUUGAUGGUGACCACUACGAAAUCAGAAUUAAUGGUAACGUUGCCAAAGCUGGCCGUCUCACCGAAGAAGGCACAUUCUCGCCGCUGCUUAAUCCUCCUGAGGAGAUCGUUGAUGAAAAGGACUUUAAGCCUCUUGAUUGGGACGAUCGCGAAUACAUCCCUGAUCCUGACCAAACGAAUAAACCUGACUGGUGGGAGGAAAAGCAUGGUCGUGUAUACAUCCCCGACCCUAAUGAAACGAUGCCGGCUGACUGGUUAGUCGAUGAGCUGCCCUAUAUUGAAAUUGAGCGUGACCAACCUGAAGACUGGGACGUCGACCGUGAUGGCGAGUGGGAAGGGAUGCGGCUUGUGGUCAAUCCCAAGUGCAGAGAAGUCAGUGGAUGUGGCCCCUGGGCGGCCAAGAAGAUUCCCAACCCUGAUUACAAGGCGAAGUGGAUUCAACCCGACGUGAAGAACCCUAACUACAAGGGCGAAUGGCAACCCCGCAAUAUCACCAACCCCAAAUACUAUAACGAUACUCACCCGUGGCGUCUUCUGCCCAUUGGCGGGAUUGGCUUUGAUUUGUGGAGUAUGAACCCCGAUAUCCUCUUUGACAAUAUCUAUCUUGGCCACUCUGUCGAGGAAGCAGAAGCCAUCGGUAACCUGACCUUCCUCCCUAAAUUCCAUCAGGAAUUAGCUGAUAAAAAGCUUCGAGUUGCGGAAGAGGAAGCUGAGGUGAAACCAGCCCUGCCUCCUCCCCCUCUGAUGGAAGAGCUUAUGGAACAAGAAGACCACAGGCCAAAGUCAAACAAUUUUGUCGUGAAGUUUUUGAGACAUCACUUGUCGGAGGUGGAAGAGAUUGCCAAGGGGCUUUUCUUGAAACCCAUCCCCACCAUUUUCGCUGACCCUGUCAAAAUCAUCAUCUACUUCUGCGUGUUUGUAGUGUUGUUCUCGAUUGGGUUUGGUGUGGUCAUGGCAUUGAUCUUUGUUGUGACGGGCAUUGUACCUGAUGGUCCUCCUCCCGAGAGUUUGACUCAACAAGUGGUGAACCAAGCCGUUGAUGCUGAUGCUAGACGAGAUGCGGAUGCUAAGGCGGUUGAAGACACUACUAAGCAAGUGGUGGAGAUUAUCGAACAAGAUGAAGACGCCGUAGGCGUGAAAGAGACUGAGGCGGAGGCGUUGGCUAAAACCAGUACUACCACUGCGACUAAGCGCCGUGGUCACACUGACGAGACCUUGUGA